AUGUGGCUCAUUAACACCUCUACCAUCACACUCGAAAGAGUAAACCCAGACGACUUGCCCUCAACACCAUACGCCAUCUUAUCGCACACAUGGGGCAAGGAAGAAGUUACGUUUGAGGACAUCAUCAGUCAAAGCCAAGUCAAGUGCAUGUCGGGAUAUACCAAAAUCGAAAACACAUGUCGGCUGGCUAAAGAGCGUGGCCUAGCCUACGCGUGGGUCGAUACUUGCUGCAUCGACAAGCGCAGCAGUGCAGAACUUGCCGAGGCUAUAAACUCUAUGUUCAGAUGGUAUAAACAGGCGACUGUUUGUUUUGCGCAUCUUGAAGAUCUACCACCGGGUGUCAACGGGAGUCUGGACUACGCAAGUUUGUCGUAUUGUAAAUGGUUUACUCGAGGUUGGACUUUGCAAGAACUGAUCGGCCCCAAGGACCUGGAGUUCUAUGACUGUGCAUGGAAGCUCAGGGGCAAGAAGACAGAUCUGGGUUUAUUCAUAUCCGAAAUAACAGGCAUACAUGAAAAAGUGCUGAAUGACAAUUCUGCUCUGGAGAGCGUCCCCAUCGCUGGACGCAUGUCGUGGGCUGCAAAACGGAAGACAACAAGGAUUGAGGACAUGGCCUAUUGCCUUUUGGGCAUCUUCGACGUCAACAUGCCCAUGAUGUACGGCGAGGGCGCGAAGGCCUUCGAGAGACUGCAGGAAGAGAUCAUCAAGCAGACAACCGACAUGUCCAUCUUCGCUUGGAAAGCAAACGAUGAAUCUCAAGACUACCGUGGUAUUCUCGCACAGUCGCCUGAUGAGUUCGCACACUGCGGCAAUAUUUCACAAACGCCAAGUAUACGAUGUGGCUAUGAGACAACCAUGACGAACAAGGGUUUGAGGCUCGAGACGUUUCUAGGCGGCAGCAACGUCCUCAACCUAGCCUGUACUAGUAUCGACUUGUGGAAUGUCGAAAAAAGGAUUGGAAUCUUUUUGACCAAAACUGCUGAUGGCUAUGUUCGUUCCUCUCCAACAACGCUUUUCGAGACAGAGGAUUCAAGCUUCUGGGCUGGCGCUCGCUACAAGAUCUUUGUCCGCAAACGUGUUACGCCCUUUGUAUCAAAGCAAUUGAAACAAGACUUGGCAAAUAAUCUAACUGUCAACUUCGAUAUAUGCCCGGGCUUCCAAAUUCGCUCGUUCGCUGCCAAGCCGGCAGACUUGUGGGAUCAGCAUCGUCAUGCGUUCAUUGGAAACGUCAAUCAUGCGUCCAUUGUAAACGCCUUUCACAAGUUCAACGGCUUUUUGGACUUUCAGAUCUCAGACAAGGCAGGAUCAUUUGUGUCUAAUCGCAUCAUCGUGGUGUGCAGUUUCUCUCUCCGGUAUCCAUCUGGUUUGAAAGGUAGUGAUGGUAUGUGGACGACGAUAUACGAUUCAAAGGGCGGGAAAGCCUCGGAUGCGAUUAUGCAAUGUAUAAAUGGGUAUUAUAAUUCGUACGGCGAGGAGUUUUAUCUGUCUCAACUGACGGACGCAGUCUAUCAGCAUAUGUGGGUUCCGCAGCGAGAGGUGAAUCUACAAUCUGGCAACGAAGGGCGUCAUCUGUGUAUAUCGUCAGAUGUGCGUAUAGAUCCUGAAAAUGGGGCACGUAGUUUAGUUAUCAAAGUGAAAACUCGAUGA